GUCAUCGCGGCCGCGAUCAGAUUCUGCUGCACUGACUUGACAACACAAGUAAUUGUUAUUAUUGACAGAGUGAUAAUGUGAGCUGGAAUCGACGGUGCGUUUCUGUGCGUACUCGAGGGCGCCGUCUGGCCGGUGAGCGUCGCGAGCCGAGCGUUGGCCCCGUCGAGGAACCGCGCAACUCCGUCCGGGAAUUUAUUCAGCAAGGGCGAUAUUUUUUCUGUCAAACCUGUCGUCUCACAGGGGCUGCAGGUUAUGUGAGCUCCGCGAGCGAAGCGAGUGAGUGAGCUCGUCCUCCCCCUGCUCGCCGUCGCUCGAGGAGAGUCACCGCAGAAUGGGCCAGGGUACGGAGACGUGCGCCGACCGGCCCACGGAGGUCAGCGUCAUCAGAUUCGUCUCGCGGAACCGCACCAUUGAGGAAAUCGCACCGAAAAAGGAAGUAUACACUUGCAAACAACGAGGUUGCGGGAAGGUGUUCACUAAUCAAGAUGAAUAUAAGACGCACGAGGCAUUAGAGGCUUUGAAAAUUCGAUUUAUUUGUCGCGAGCCAGGUUGCGGAGAAGAAUUGUCCGACCCAGGCAGUAUGUGGCGACAUUAUCAAGAAUGGCACAACCAUGAAACAAAUGUUUUUGUAUGUCCCUACACCAAUUGUGGAUCUUUGCAGUCUACUAGCGGUAAUCUCGAGGAGCACAUUGAGAGUUGUCAUAGACAACCACCUACACUGCCAACGGAGCCCGAGAUCAUUUGUUUCGAAGGCCCCGAAAAUGCGAUAGACGAAGACGUGAUGCAAAAGACUGACGAGGGAUGCUACGAAAACCUGCCAAGCGAAAACUUUACCAUAAAGGAGGAAUACGGGAAUAAAGAAGAAAACUGCCCUAUUAGAAAUGAAACGAAGAUUCAGGUGAAGAGCGAGUUUUGUCACGAGCAGAAGAUUACUGUUGCAAACAACGAGGAUUACUCGAAUAAUGAGUCCUUGAAUGGUAUUAGCAAGUUCUCUAACAGCGAAGAUCUGCUUAUAAUUAAAGAUAAUUUCUUACGGAAGUACGACAUCGGGGCGCCAAAGUGCGAGGAGAUCCUUCAGGUGGAAUGCACGCAGGAUAAGAACAACGUGGUUUAUAUAAAUAGCGACGUGACCAUUACGAAAAAUAUGAAGACGGAAAUGUGCAACUUAAAUUUACGAAAUCAGGAGCAUAGAAUAGAUUUAGGAAACAUGGAGCGAGUUUUUCGGAGCGGUCUCGAGCGCGAUAGUUCUUUGAAGAUCGAGGAGAGCUCGAUAGAGACAAAUAGCAAUUGCUCGGAUGACGAGGAGUACACCCCGAAGAAGCAACGCAUGUCUAGGUACAAACAGGAAACAUAUAAAUGCGACGUCAACGGUUGCGGAAAGAAGUACAAAUACAUAUCGCACUAUCGUCAUCAUCAAGACAGUCAUAAAUUAGUCACGAAUACAAUUAAUUCCAAUACUACUGGUAAGCAAAUGCCAAAGGUAAAGCAAGGAAAGGCGUCUACCGUCAGCUUUUUCAUAUGCAAAAUGCCUGGAUGUGGCGCGCAAGUAAAUAACGUAACUGGCCUAUGGAAGCAUUAUCAGGACAAUCAUGCCAAUUCCAAGCCGCCAGUUGUACAAACUACCAAGAAUAACGAUGUAUUUCAGUAAAGCGUUUGCGACUCGAUUUUACGCUCGUUGCGGGCAGCGCGCGCGAAUAGCGCGUAUAACCGUAUAAGCUAAGACACUUCAGAGGUAUGGAAUGCGAGGGUAGAGUUGAAUAUUGUAUAAACAUUUCGAUCAGGUUCACUCCGGCAAUUCCACCGAGCGACACGAACGGGAAGACUGGCAAUGGGAGUAGCAUUCAUUUUGCCGAGGUGUUAGAAGGGGACGCUACUGCCCAGUAGACAAAUUUUAAGACUGAAUUCAAAGCCAAGCAUAAGAUUAAUUUGAACGACUACGACCGGGAGCGGCGGCGAAUGCACCACUCGUAACGC